AUGUCUUCAAUUGGCAAAUUCAAUGCCUCUCUUCUCGGGGCAACACAAGAAACAACACUGACGCUCGCCAACCUUAAUUUUGACUUUUCUCUAUACAAAGUUGAAGCCCCUGCUGAAUAUCAAGCCUUGGGCAAAUGUCUUACGAAAAAUCGUCUAGACGCAGCCGAAAGCGGCAACGAGCAUAUAUUCGCGCGCAAGCUUGCCGCCCUAUUCUCACAAGCCCUUCCACCCACCCCUAACCUGGUACGAAUAUAUGGAAACAGGGCAUCGGAGAUCGUACAAGAGGUAUCGAAUGAUACGGCAAAAGGGUCCAAUAACCGGGGCUUAUUCAGCAACUGGCUCGGACCUGACGCCACAAGUAUAUGGGCUGCUGCGACUUCUGGUUCAGGCGCCAUCUCGGCCCACCUCCUUGCGUGCAUGUUGGCAAGGAUUUGGACCUCAUCCGAGGCCGUGGCUAUUUGGAAGGAGAUAAUCCAGGCCAGGAAAGACAUCCUAUCCAAGAUUGACGUAUCGGAUCCGAUGAAACCUGCGGCGCACUUCGCAGCCCAGAUAGACAUCACAGAGUCUCAAAUUUCUGGCUGGGAUAGCAGCGCACGAGCCUGGCUUGAGGUUGCUGAUAAGUCAAAAUUGCGGCAACAGAAGCAACUCCUCCUACUCAUUGAGAACGCUGGAAUACCAAUCAGUGAUGGAUCUGACACCUACACCAGUGUUCUCAAAGCAUGGACAACGGCACUCACCACGAUGGAAAACAUUGCGAGCGGUAUACCUCAAAGCAUCAAGGAUGGAUCUGCCAUUCUUGCUCUGAGCUCUUGGCAUCUAUACCCCGACAUGUUCGUUUUGGGCGCCGGUCCCGAUCGCGUUAUUCAGAAUGAUCCAUUGGUGCCUGCUAGUGGGAUGGUUACACUUGGACAAACGAGUUACUCCACUCGCUCAGACGAUGGACCAUUCUGGUCACUCCCCCUCGCCUACCUCAGAUACUAUGGAGACCCUGUUACGACAUCUAGGAUUUUUGGAGACCAUGCGUCACGGCUCUCCAUCUCAGAUUUCAACUAUGUUGUUUUUGGCUCUAUUCUUUCCAACUGGGGGAUUUAUGGCAAGAGCAUUUCCAUGGCGGCAGAAUUCCUCGUUGCCCUUGACGAGUUUCUAUUGCGGAACGGUUGCUAUGAUGUCAAGGGUCACGAAAGCUGGAUAAGAAUGCUUUCAAAGACUGCCCAGAAGUACUUGUCGGCUUCUGAAAAUGAGAAAAAGUUCAUCCAAAGCCUCAUUAUGCGUGGCCACCGACGGUAUAAGAAUUUUUUCUCCAGCAAGAGCGGUCAAUGGCUCCCACUAUGGGGGUUGGCUCAUGCCGACACUUUGAUUAGCCUUGCAAAGGAUAUAGAAACUGCGGUUUCCAUACUGAGGCUUGUAGCACAAGACAUAGGCUGUACUGACCCUAGCUCGCUUCUCAUUCGUUAUCCUUGUUGGAUGGUGGAUGACCGUUUCACCGGGGAAAUAUCAUCCAGCCUAAAUACCGUUGACGACACACACACACACAUGUGUGAAUAUGCUUCGGCAAUUAGAAGAAACGAAAUGAGCAAAAAAGGGAAUCUUGACCCGUUGAUGGAUUUAUCUGGGCAUGUCAGGUGGAGUGGCAUGGAUGCAGCUUCUAGGCCCGAGGAUUCACACGGGGAAGAAUAUAAAGACAUCAAUGAUGUUUCCGUGAUUGUUAUGGCUGAAUCAGAGUUCAAGUGGCUAUCGCCUCCAUUGGCACCUUCCAUUCCCUUUCAAAGAUCUCAUUCAGAGGAAACCACAUACGAAUAUAUCAUGGGAGAUCCUAUGGGCGUCGCACUAUUCAAGCGAGCUGACAGGGACAUUUCUGGUUCCGAAAUGCUUGACAUCGAGCUAGUUCUCACCAUACUCCGUUGUGGUUGGCUUGACCGAAACAAGAUGGUAGGGUUCCUGGAUUUUUCUGGUGAAUUUCAGCGAUCUGGGGUUCCUCAGCAUGUUGAGUCUUUGAGAGCACUAGCAGCUGCCAUCAAUGUAUACGAGCUGAUGCCAGGAGCCACAAUCAGUACCAGUGUCUUCUCUUUACCGUUAGAAGAUGCGCUCUGGUUGCCAUGUGACCCUGACGAUGCGGCUUUAGGGAAGAACUCAGAGAUUGAACCCAAAGGAAAGGUCUUUCAUAGGAGUAUUGUGAAGCGCAGGAUUGGGAGUUCUGUGAAGCGCAGGGGUAUAAAUAAAGACCCUGAAACUCCAGUUCCCAACAUAAGCUGGCGCUCUAAACAAGGCCAAGCCGAGUCACCAGAGGGGCCCCCAGAGCCGCUCGAUCGCAAAAUUGGCACGGUGGAGCUCAGCAGAUCUCAGAUCUUCUCUUGCAUUGCCAUGUUUGAGACUCGCAAUAUCAACUUAGAACCCCGCAGUUUAGAGCGAGAUGGCGAUUUCCGCUGGGAACUCAUUAUACGUGGCGAUGCCACUAAUAAGCGAUCCCACGUGGUCGGCAACAUUGGAAGACCAGGCAUCAGCCUUAUGAUACCCCCUGUUGCUCCAAUGGUUAGAAAGGUGGACGAAUCUCAGUGGGUUAUGAUCAAUCACACCGACUUCGAUGGCUGCCUUAGUGAUUCCUUCCAGCAUACAUCACUACAUCUUUCGUUCACACGUUACGAGUUGCCCGUCAUAUCUGAACAUGGCUACCAAGGGGCUGAAGCAAGCUUUAUUGAGACGAUCGUAUCUAUCUUUGACCGUAAGGAAUGGGUGGCGGAUUUGGACGUUCUCUCCGCUCUCAACCAUUUCAGUCUAGAGCGAGUCGGCGCUCAUGAGAUCACUUGCACUCACAAGUCUCGAUUAAAGCAGCCUACAUCCUGUUUAACAUCUAUAGACUCGUGGCAUGAGUUUCUGGAUCAACCACAAAAUCCUUGUGUCGUUCAAUCUGCCCGGAAUUGGAUCGGUCGCUUGUCAACAGCUGCGCUUAGCAUACAGCAAGGGGCAAGGACGGUUAUCCUUAAGGAUGCUGACCAGGUGUGUUGGGAGUGUCUUCUACAGCGAUGUGAGAUGGACUGGACAGUUGAUAACAAGAGACUUGCAUUUAUUUCAUGA